AUGCGAUACGGACAGCUCGUAAUGGGGCCUGCCGGCAGUGGUAAGUCUACAUAUUGCGCGACCAUGCAACGACACGGCUUUGACGAUAAGCGGAUGAUAAAGGUGGUCAACUUGGACCCAGCCGCGGAACAUUUCGACUACCAGCCUUUCCUGGACAUACGAGACCUGAUCCAGUUGGAUGAUGCUAUGGAGGACGAAGAGCUCCGAUAUGGACCGAACGGGGGUUUGAUCUUCUGCAUCGAGUACCUCAUCGAGCAUUCCGAUUGGCUCCGAGAUCAGCUGUGUGGCGUUGGCUCCGAAGAUGAGGAUGAUGAUACCGGCAUCGAGGAACCAGACGACGAUUAUAUACUGUUUGAUUUACCUGGCCAGAUCGAACUGUACACGCAUCUUAAAGCAGGCCAUACGUUGGCACGAUUGCUAGAAUCGUGGAACUUUCGUCUUUGUUCGGUGUUCCUCGUAGACUCGCAGUUCAUGAUUGAUGGUGCAAAGUUUUUGUCGGGGACGAUGGCCGCUCUAAGCGUGAUGGCUAACAUGGAACUUCCGCACGUGAACGUACUGAGUAAGAUGGAUCUACUUAGCAAAGGACACCGUGGACAGAUGGAUAAAUAUCUUGACCCUGAUGCGCACGCACUGCUCGGCGAGGUUACGAACGAAUCGGCAUGGGGUCGUAAAUACCGCAAGUUGUCGGAAACGAUCGGUAUGCUGAUUGAGGACUUUAGUCUGGUUCGCUUUACGCCGCUUAACAUCAAUGACGAGGAAAAUGUGGCCGAUUUGUUGUUAAUGAUUGAUAAUGUAAUACAGUACGGCGAAGAUGCGGACGUAAAAGUGCGCGACUUCGAUCCCCCAGAACCAGACGAGGUGGAGGAUGACAGUCGAUACUACCAGGACGGCUGA